UACGGAUUUCACCGGCCCGGUUGCGAUCCUAGGCCUGUGCCAACUAAAUUUCGUUUAUUUACAAAAACGCACUCGGUCCCGGACGACUACUAGUUGACGAUUUGUUAUUGGAUUAGUUAUCCGACCUAUCCGGUAUUCACCUUGAUAAACUCUGCCCCUGCCAGAAAACCUAACCCCAGUUUUCUCUGUAGCUUUUUCUCUCAAGAUUUAUGGCGGACUCUAUAGUAUCAGUGGAGAAGAUCAAAGAAUUCUGGCACUCUCAGUUUCACGAUGAAGAAAAUUGGGCUCUCAACAUGAAACUGCUUCGGGCCGCAGGGCUGUUUGUUGGCUCUAUUGUGUUUAUGCGGUCAUUUGGUGAUAUCAUGGCACUUCCCUAGAAUUUCAGAAUUUGCCGUUUGUUGUUCUCUUUUCUUCCUAUGUUGAUUGAGUUGGAUAGCCGUUGUACCUGAUAGCGGUGGUUGUUGUUGCUUUAAUGGAUCUUUAGCAAUUAUGAUAAGAUUCUUUUCCUCUUUCUAUUUUCAUUACUGUUAUUGUGAUUU